AUGGAGUAUGGUAUUUCAGCGAUAUCGUCACUUGCAUCGACUCAACGCUCCUCUACUUCUAGGAGAGCUACCCCAGUUAUUCAAGUCAUUAAUGGUGACAGUCAAGGGUUGGCACGAUACUGGGUGAUGAUCAGUUCUCUACCCGGCAGGAAUCUACGAGAACGGGAGAGAAGCUGGAAACGGCAAGAUGAGCAUGGACUAGGAAUAAUAAUCAGAGACUUGACAGAAACCUUUACAGCAACAGGAUACAGUAAAGAUUAG